AUGGUGGUUUGUGAAAACAGGGUUAGGCUGGAGUCGAUACUGCACAAAUACUGGGAGAGGCGUGAUGUUAAAGGGGCUCUUAGUGCGAUGGAGAAGAUGGCUGAUCACGCUGUUCUUGCCGAUGUGAUCAGCUUGUUGGCAGAAAAAACUGACAUCAUCACACUGGAUAUUUGCACUUGUCUCCUGCCACUCCUGACAGGUCUUCUGGAAAGUGGCAUGGACAGGCAUCAAGGUGUUUCACUGGCAAUGCUGCUUAAGCUGGUGAGGGUAUUUGGUUCAGUAAUCUAUUCUUCUGUAACAGCGCCAUCUUCUGUUGGUGUGGAUAUUGAGGCAGAAGAAAGAUUGGAGCGUUGCAAUAUCUGUUUUAUUGAACUUGAAAAGGUCAAGCGUUGCCUGCCCGUCCUUACCAGAAGAGGGGGUUCUGUUGCUAAGUCUGCUCAGGAGCUGAAUCUUGCACUUCAAGAAGUUCAUUGA